AUGUUUGGUAGACAGGCAGGCGGGACGUUUGGUAGAGAAGCAGGCGGGAUGUUUGGUAGACAGACAGGCGGGAUGUUUGGUAGACAGACAGGCGGGAUGUUUGGUAGACAGACAGGCGGGAUGUUUGGUAGACAGACAGGCGGGAUGUUUGGGAGACAGGCAGGCGGGAUGUUUGGUAGACAGACAGGCGGGAUGUUUAGUAGACAGACAGGCGGGAUGUUUGGUAGACAGACAGGCGGGAUGUUUGGUAGACAGGCAGGCGGGAUGUUUGGUAGACAGGCAGGCGGAACGUUUGGUAGAGAAGCAGGCGGGACGUUUGGUAGAGAAGCAGGCGGGACGUUUGGUAGAGAGGCAGGCGGGACGUUUGGUAGACAGGCAGGCGGGAUGUUUGGAAGACAGUCAGGCGGGAUGUUUGGAAGACAGACAGGCAUGAUGUUUGGUAGACAGGCAGGCGGGAUGUUUGGUAGACAGGCAGGCGGGAUGUUUGGUAGAGAGGCAGGCGGGACGUUUGGUAGACAGGCAGGCGGGAUGUUUGGAAGACAGGCAGGCGGGAUGUUUGGAAGACAGACAGGCGGGAUGUUUGGUAGACAGACAGGCGGGAUGUUUGGAAGACAGGCAGGCGGGAUGUUUGGAAGACAGACAGGCGGAACGUUUGGUAGAGAAGCAGGCGGGACGUUUGGUAGAGAAGCAGGCGGGACGUUUGGUAGACAGGCAGGCGGGAUGUUUGGUAGACAGACAGGCGGGAUGUUUGGUAGACAGACAGGCGGGAUGUUUGGUAGAGAGGCAGGCGGGACGUUUGGUAGACAGGCAGGCGGGACGUUUGGAAGACAGGCAGGCGGGAUGUUUGGAAGACAGACAGGCAUGAUGUUUGGUAGACAGACAGGCGGGAUGUUUGGUAGACAGACAGGCGGGAUGUUUGGUAGAGAAGCAGGCGGGACGUUUGGAAGACAGACAGGCGGGAUGUUUGGUAGACAGACAGGCGGGAUGUUUGGUAGACAGACAGGCGGGAUGUUUGGAAGAGAAGCAGGCGGGGAUGGGGAGACUAUACACCUGCAUCCAGUUGCAAGGUGUGAAAUAAGAGGAUGUCACGUCAAUGAAGCAAGAUAUCAAACAUUAUUCGUGCUAAUCAAUUUCAGCAACCCAAUGCACAGUUUUACAUCUCUUCUUUGA